UAGUUAUAAUUGUAAACUUCAAAAUUAGAGGUUAGUUUAAAAUUAGUUAUUAAACAUUUGUAAGUUUAUAAGGACUUUUUUCCUUUUCCUUUUUUGACUCCUGACCAUAGUGAAAUUUCUGGUCAUUAUUGCCUAGUAUAAACUAUUUUAUUCUAGAGCCAUGGCACUUUGCAAGGUUAUUUGAAGUGCUGUGUUUUAUGUUACCUGUUUUAAGGUAAGUGAUUUCUGUGAAGUUCUUUUUGGAUAAAACAAAAUAGAUCAUGCAGAUGGGGUAUUAUAAGCUAGUUCUGUAUUACCACAGUUUUGGUUACUUCAGAACCACUUCAUUUUGGUGUGGCCUAGUGACCUCUUUGCUGAUAUACUUAUCACCAGAUAGAUAGAAGCUGCCUAGCCACAGACUUCAUCACCUUCUGAUUAAAUUUUUAUGUGAGAAUUUUUAAUUGUUAGUAUCACUUCUGAUUUAAUAUUUAGAUACACAUACAUAUUAUGUUUUUGAAAGUUCUUUAAUCCCACAGAUUUUCUUUGACUCUUUUUUAUAACUUUAAUUUUAUCCUAAGAUGAAGAUUAGACUGGGAUUUCUUAUACUCCUGGGUUCCAGUACCACAUAUAGCUACUGAUUAAGUCUGCUUAGUACAUUAAACAUUUUUGUUACAGUUUCCCUUCUGUAAACAAAACAUAACUGUAAGUCUCCUGUUAUUAUGAGGAUUGUUAAUCAUAAUAGCUUUUUGCUCUAGUUGCUAUUUUUUGAAUCAUUUCUCAUCCUUUUGUGAAGAGAAGAAAAGCUCCUGGCACGAAAGGAUUGGUAUACUUAAAGUCUUUUAAGUUGAUUUAAAAGGAUAGAAACCAUAACCCUACAAAUACAUUACGAGCCAAGUCACAGCUACUACCAAGUGGCUGUUAGGAGAUUUUGUGUAUUUGAAAAACUGCUAACUUAAUUUUAAGGUAGUGAAAAUAUCUUACAGUGAGUCUAUAUACUGAUAUCAGGCAGAAAAUAUAGGUUAUUUUUGUUUGUUUUACAAUUAUAAAGAUAUGGCUAGUAAUAUUGAAUUUAGAGCUUAAGAACUUUAUGUUCCUAAGAAGUUGAUAUCAGUUAGAAUUUUGAAGCUAGUUGACUUAAUAUGACUUCUGAGAUGUUGUGUUUCUUCUUACUAGUUGACAUUGUUAACCUAACACCCUGCUUUAGUGUCUGUUUUUCUGCAAAGUAUUUUAAUGCAUAUUCCCAAGGCUUAUUUCAAUAAAGGAAUGAAAAGGAGUUCUGUCAGUCUAUUUAUAAACACAAAAAUGCUUCUGAAGUAUAAUUCUUGAGUUUUGGUAUACUUAAUUUUACUUAUUUAGUUCGUUGUUUUUUUUUUUAACCAAAGAUUUUUCUUAUGUGAAAUGUUAGAACUGCUUAUUAUUCUUGGCAAGAUAGUAUGAAAGGAUAUUAAUUAAAAUUAAUAAAUAAGGGUAGGUAAAAUAGAUAAGGAUAAUUAUUUGUUGAUCGAUAAUUUUCUUUAUUAACAAGAACUUUUGCUGUGUCUUCAUUUGUAUGUCGGAUGUUCUCUUGGGCCUUUCUCUGUCCUUUCUUUUGUCUUCUAAGUUGAUAUAAGUACGCAACACAUAGAUCACAGCUUUAUUUUUUCCUCCUUUUUCCUUCUGUAGGAAGGACACACACCUUUUAUACAACUGGAGUUUAAAAGAAUUAGGUGGAAGUUGUUUGUUUGAAUGUUUCAGAAAGGUGGGAAAACAUGAUGCACACAUCUGUUGACUUUCCUAACUUGAUGUAGUCAGGACCAGAGCAGAGAACCACCUGGCUUCUAAGGCCCAUGUUCUAUCUUGAUUUGACUUUGCUUCAUAGGGCAGAGGAAACAGGCGAAGAAUCAUUUUCAGUACAAAAUGGUUCGAUUCAUCAAAAAGAUGCUGUAAAUGAUGAUGAUUUUGAGCCAUACUUAAGUAGCCAGACAAAUCAGAAAUAUAGGAGAGCAAAACAGUUGUUUCAUUGUAAUAACAGCUAUCCACCAAUGUCAGAUCCAUAUAUGCCUAGUUACUAUGCUCCGUCCAUUGGAUUUCCAUAUUCUCUUGGGGAAGCAGCAUGGUCCACGGCUGGAGAUCAGCCUAUGCCAUAUCUGACAACCUAUGGACAAAUGAGUAAUGGCGAACAUCAUUAUAUACCAGAUGGUGUUUUUAGUCAACCAGGGGCAUUAGGAAAUACCCCUCCAUUUCUUGGUCAACAUGGAUUUAACUUUUUUCCUGGUAAUGCUGAUUUCUCUACAUGGGGAACAAGUGGAUCUCAGGGACAAUCAACACAAAAUUCUGCUUAUAGUAGCAGUUACGGCUAUCCACCUAGUUCUCUUGGGAGAGCUAUUACUGAUGGACAGGCCGGAUUUGGCAAUGAUACUUUGAGUAAGGUGCCUGGCAUUAGUAGUAUUGAGCAAGGCAUGACUGGACUGAAAAUUGGUGGUGACCUGACAGCUGCGGUGACAAAAACUGUAGGUACAGCCUUGAGCAGCAGUGGUAUGACUAGCAUUGCAACCAAUAAUGUGCCCCCUGUUAGCAGUGCAGCACCUAAACCAACUUCUUGGGCUGCUAUUGCCAGAAAGCCUGCAAAACCUCAGCCGAAACUUAAACCCAAGGGCAAUGUGGGAAUUGGGGGUUCUGCUGUGCCACCACCUCCUAUAAAACACAACAUGAAUAUUGGAACUUGGGAUGAAAAGGGGUCAGUGGUAAAGGCUCCACCAACCCAACCAGUUCUGCCUCCUCAAACUAUAAUCCAGCAGCCUCAGCCAUUAAUUCAACCACCACCAUUGGUGCAAAGCCAACUGCCUCAACAGCAGCCUCAGCCACCACAACCACAGCAGCAACAAGGACCUCAGCCACAGGCCCAGCCUCACCAAGUGCAGUCUCAACAGCCACAGUUGCAGAAUCGUUGGGUAGCUCCUCGGAAUAGGGGAACCGGCUUCAACCAGAACAAUGGAACAGGCAGCGAAAACUUUGGUUUAGGUGUUGUACCUGUUAGUGCUUCACCUUCUAGUGUAGAGGUGCAUCCAGUGCUGGAAAAACUAAAGGCCAUAAACAAUUAUAAUCCCAAAGACUUUGAUUGGAACCUGAAGAAUGGACGUGUGUUUAUAAUUAAGAGCUAUUCUGAGGAUGAUAUACACCGUUCCAUCAAGUACUCUAUCUGGUGUAGUACUGAGCAUGGUAAUAAGCGUUUGGAUGCAGCUUACCGUUCCCUGAAUGGGAAAGGCCCACUCUAUUUGCUCUUCAGUGUGAAUGGCAGUGGACAUUUUUGUGGAGUGGCUGAAAUGAAGUCUGUUGUAGACUAUAAUGCUUAUGCUGGUGUCUGGUCUCAGGAUAAGUGGAAGGGCAAAUUUGAAGUUAAAUGGAUCUUUGUCAAAGAUGUUCCCAAUAACCAAUUACGACAUAUUCGCUUAGAAAAUAAUGACAACAAACCAGUAACCAAUUCAAGGGACACUCAAGAAGUACCCCUAGAAAAAGCAAAGCAAGUGCUUAAAAUAAUCGCUACUUUCAAGCAUACCACCUCAAUCUUUGAUGACUUUGCACAUUAUGAAAAGCGUCAAGAGGAGGAGGAAGCCAUGCGAAGGGAGAGAAAUAGAAACAAGCAAUAACCACCGUGUGGAGAUGUCCUAUUAAAAUGACAACACUAAUGAUGUAGACUCUGGAAAUGCCUAAUAAGUCAAAGAAGAUGUUAUUAAAGCUUUUUGUUUUCUGCUUAAGGUGACAUCUUUGAACCCUUUAACAUGAAAUUGAUUCUUCUUGUAAUGGUUUUCAUCAGCGCAUCUGCCCUUAUUCUCUCACCAAACACACUUGAGAACUGUAACUUCAUCAAGCACUUUGUGUCCUGAAGCUUUUACCAGUACCUGCUGUCUUUUGUAAUUAUGCAUCCUAGCUAAGGCACAGAAGACUGAAUGAAUUGCAAGGAUUCAUUAACUCUUUGAAUUUGUUAAGUACUAACAGUUAUCCAUUAGAAGUGGUUCAAUGAUGUAAGAGUCUCACUGCUUCAAUCUUUUCAUUGUUGUAGUUUUUAAAUUGUCAAUUUUUAGCUAUUUGACAGAUUAAAAGCAAAAUAAUCAUGCCAUAUUUAGUCCUGGAGUUCAAGUCUGAAUGUUUAUGUGAGAAAUUAUUGUAGCAAACUUUUAAUAUGGCAAAGCAACCUUAUGCUCUAUUUUAGCCAAACAGUACAUAAUCUAAAAUUAUAUAUUAGAACAUUUCCCUUGUCUUCAAACUAUUUGAUGUAACAAAUAUGCAGCCUGGUGGGCUUCACCAAUUAAUGCACAUCCCCCUCCUCUCCAGUUACAUGUACACUGAGAAUAUGCGUUGGUUUGAGGGAUUGUUUUGUUUCUACCACUUAAUGAAUCUCAACAUUUUGAGUAAAUGUACCUCAGUCUAAUCAGACUUUUUAUGACCUUUAUAACUACAUUUAAAACCCUUAAAUUCUAUUUCUGGGUGUUUGCGAGCCUGAUUGCUAUCAUGAAGUAAAAAUUUAUUACUCUAGGUAUUCACUAGAUAAAUAUAGUUCUUGUUUAGUAAGCAUAUACUGUUUCUCACCUCUUCUCCAGCUUUUGCAGUGUACUGGCAUCCUUAAAAUACUUUGAAAAUAUGGCCUUGAUCCAUGAAUUAAAUCAGUAUCUAAGUGAAUGUGUUGAUGUUUUAUUGAUGAGAUCUAUAUACAUGGGAAUACAGUAUAUAUCUGGGUAUUCUUAUAGAUAAUCUUUUUAACAUCCUAUUUUUUUCAUUAAUUACAUAUCAACAUUAAUUUUGUAUCUUGAAACAAAUUGAUUUUGUAUAAUUGAAUGUGUUGUGCAUCUGUAUUUGAUUUGACGGUAUAAGGUUAUGAAAAUAAUGUCCUGCCCCUUAUAUUACUGUUUUGAAAGGAGAAAGCUAUGUAGAAUGAUAUGUUAAGGGUGAAAAUAGCAAUACAGUAGAUUUGAAUGUCUUUUUGAUCUGCAUUAGUUCAUUUAUGUUUACAUCAUAGUUAGAGAUAUUUUCAUUUGCUCUUGUCUUUGCUCACUUCAAUUUGAAAGCCUCAUGACACAUAUUUCUUUGAAACUUUGAUUUAUAUAAUUUUUAUAAAAUGUUUUAGGAUGUACAAAUACUGUAUUUUCUUAUUAAAAUACAGUAUUUGUAAAUGACCAUAGCUACUUCACAGUUACUUGUUAGUCCCAGUGUAGUUAUAUCAGUGUUUACUGAAGGGAACACAAAAAUAUUAAUGGUAUAUUACAGAAUGAAAACUUUCUUAAAGGAAAAUUGCACCUAUUUUACAUUUUUGAGACUAAGCCAUGAAAUCUUGUAAUAUGUCUCUUAACUAUUUAUAAUGAAAGUUGGCAUUUGGGUAUAGUCAGCACAGCAAUGUUCUAUAUCCUUAAGAUUGUAUAAGUAGGACAUUUUAAAGAUGACACGUGUCAUUCUGGAGCUCCUACUAGAGAAAACUGUAAAAAGGGUGACCUUGUAGGAAGGAGCUGAGUCCUCCCCCUGAGGUUCUCUUUUUCUUGGUGCUUUAUUAGCAACUCUGGAUAUUUUUAUAAAACUAGAUACAUUAUAAACUAAUUCAGUCUUGUUUAAUUUACAUUAGGUUUUAUGUAAGAAAUGUCAUCAAAAUACCCAAUGAGCAGGCUGAUUGCAGUAGACUCAGACAGGGCCAGUGAAUCUCAGCUGAGAGUCUAUUCGUGGUGAAGAGAACAUCCCAGUGCCUUUAACCUGAAUUUCUAAUCUUAUGUGAAAUGGGUGCAGCAUUCCUUUGGACAAAAGCUUCCACUUGGUAAUUUUUGUGUUUUUCUCACUUUAAGUAUUCCCCAAAGCACCAACUUCUCUUCCUUCUUGGUCAGUCAGUAUAUUGUAAGAUUAUUUUCCAUUAAAUGACAUCAUUACUGGUUGUCUCUAAAGUACAACCAACAGAAUGUUUCUUAACUGCGGGGACCAAAAGGGAGAGACUCUGAGCUCUACAAGAGUAUAUAUAUAAUAAAAUGUUUGAAUAAUAUUAAAUUAAGACAUUAUUGGUCCUGUGAUUUCUUGCUCAGUGUUUUUCCAAGUUGUCAUUUGAAUGAUUCUUACUAAAGUUAUUUUAUGUGGGUAUUUUAUUUUUAAUGGUAUUAUAGUUUGUAUAUUUAACAGUAAGGGGGAAAGUAACCAAAAUUAGUAUUCUUUCACUAUACAUAUUGGUACUUGAAACUUCCUUUAAAAAAAAAUCAACAAAAACUCAAACUUUUAGUGCUUAAUUCCUCAUUUUAACCUGUGAUCUUUCUAAUUGAAAAGCUGUGUUAUUUUUGACUACCAUGCAUGUGGGGUUAAGCUGAUGUUGAAACAGUUUGCAGUUAAAAAAAAAAAAAAAACUUAAUCAGCUUAAGUCAUUCAAUCAUUUCAAGUGCGUUCUGCAUCCUUUAAAAGUAAGUUUGUGAGAUUUUAAGAGAAUUGUGUUUUCAUUAAAUUUUGUGUAUUUUUUGUUAUGCCAUGUAAAUUCCCUUUUUCCUAUGAUUAAAGGAAGGGUAUGAUGAAAUGAUUAGCUCAUUUACAUUUCACGUGUAGCAGUUACAUGAGAAUUUAAAUUUUGUCGUGUUUGGGUUUGUUCAUUCCUGUGAAUGAUGGUACAGUAGGUGAGAUUUUUUUUUGUUAUGGUACCGAACUCAUCUUUUGGUCCUCUUUAAUCUUUGAGGGUUUCAAUAAAAAUUGUUCACUCUAA